AUGGAGUGGAUUGGCAGAGCCAAAAUCAACUUCACGCAUUCGCCGUCACCAGUAGGCCUUCAGGAGAAAGAUGGCUCCAAAACCGAUCUGCUCAAGGUCUGCGAAAAGGUCACACCGCCAUGCCAGAUGAACCCGCUUCUUUUAAACGGCCACCUGCAGACUAUGUGGACAGCCACCAAGCAACACGGCCCUCCCGUCUACUAUCGACGUAAAGUUUUCGAGGCGGACUCUGAAGCUUUCGAGGGCACUUUCGCCGUCGAUUUCGUGACAGAGCCUUUUGAAGAGACAGACGAGAGUUUGCCGCCUCGUACUGUCUACUUUGAGGACCAGGAGUUUGAGACUUUGAAAUCAGACGAUGACCGGCCGCAGCUGGUUGUACUUCAUGGACUGUCCGGAGGUUCUCAUGAGAUCUACCUUCGACAUGCGAUUGCGCCCCUGAUCGAUUCUGGGCGCUGGGAUAUUUGCGUCGUAAACUCGAGAGGCUGUGCCAAGAGCAAGUUUACCAGCGGCACUUUGUACAACGCAAGAGCAACUUGGGACUUCCGACAGACGGUGAAGUGGUUGAGAGAAAAGUUCCCUAACCGACCACUCUUUGGCUUGGGUUUCUCGCUUGGUGCCAAUAUGUUGACAAACUACUGCGGCGAAGAGGGAACCAACUGUCUGCUGACGGCUGCCAUUGCUUGCUCCAACCCCUUCAACUUGGAAGUUGCCAACAAGGCGCUGAAGAGAUCAUUCCUCGGCAGGGAGGUUUACCAAAGAGUGAUGGGAGACACUGCAGAAAGCAUGAAGCAGCUCAUCGCUGGCCACAAAGAUUCGAUUCAGAAAUUCACCAAACUAGAUCUUGAGCGUCUGCAAAAGGUCACUUAUCUCUGGGAGUUUGAUAGAGAAGUCCAGUGCAUCAGCUGGGGCUACCCCACCGAGGACGCUUACUACCGAGAUGCGUCAUCCUCUGAUGCCGUCUUGGCCAUCAGGAUUCCCUUUUUGGCCCUUCACGCCACAGAUGAUCCGAUUGCUGUGGAGGAGGCCAUUCCAUAUGAAGAGUUCAAGAAGAACCCUUACACUAUUCUGUGCACUACUUCCCUGGGCGGUCAUCUCUGCUGGUUUGAACCAGGUGGCGGGAGAUGGCACGCGAAGCCGGUAGCGAACUUUUUCAACCACAUGGCCUUCAACGUCGACCAUAACUCGAUGCCCCCCAAGACAAACGGACCUCCCGCCACGAACGGCAAGGCAGAAUACCACUUCAACCCAGUGAGACACAGAAUGGAAAUCAAAGCCAGCAAGGCAUAA